AUGUCUGCAAACCAGUCACCCGUUGCACAAGCACACCUCCGCAUCGUGCGCCCUACUCGCUCCAUAUCGGCACUACUUCCCAUCUACACCACCGGCCUUGGCUUUCAGAUCAUCGGCUCCUUUGAAAAACACGCUGGUUUCAAUGGUGCGAUGCUCGGCCAUUCUAGUCUACCGUAUCAUCUCGAGUUCACUGAGGAGGAGGGCCAUGAUCCUGGCCGAGCGCCCACGAAAGAGAACCUGUUGGUCUUCUAUCUACCUGAUAUCGAGGACUGGAUGAGGGCGGUUAAGAAGAUGGAAAAAGCUGGGUUUGAGUCGGCCGAGAGUUAUAAUCCCUACUGGGACGCUGAAGGACAAGGCAAGACGUUUGAGGAUGCUGAUGGCUAUCGAGUAGUGUUGUGGCACGGAGGUUGGAGUCCGUUCUGA